AUGGCCUUGACCGCGUCCGCUUUACUGCUACUGCAUCCAGGGGCGCAAGCCUUGGCUGCUUCGACCAUGGCGUCGACGGCGCGAUCGCGCAUGGGGGCACAAUGGCUUUUGAGGGUUUGGCCGACGUCGAUAAAAAGACCUGAAGGAUCGAAGAAUGAGCGGCUUGAGCAGCGUGUUGCUCGAUUGAGUCUGGAGAGUGGCAGGAUUGGCGUAUGUGCCAGGGAUAUUGGUAAGUGGCUGGAUGACAAACAGAAAAACUUCCAGGAGUUCUGUGAGGAGGGGACGGAUACGAGAGGGCAUGCGAAGGGUGAGAGCACGGCGAGCGGAGUAUCAAGUAAGGCUGGGUACUUCAGGCAUGGGGCCCUUGGAGCAGACGCAGAGAAGGUCGUGGGGCUUCCAUUGAAGGUCAAAGGAAACGCAGGUGCAGCCUGUUUCGAAUUCUUGUGCCACGAUGCGCCAAUAUUUGUCAGAAAGAUCGCGUUUCUGUCGACUAGAGGUGGGACGAAACUGGAGACCAGCGUCGAAUAG